UUCGGGAACUUCCGGAGGCGGCCUCGGCGCUCGGAGGUGACCUCCGACCCCGCGCUCGGGCCGUCUCGUGAACGUCCGACCGCUCUUCGCCGAGAGUAGUUUGUUUUCGGAGACUUCCGUUCGGCGUUCGGAACCCCUAUGGGGAAAGGGGAGGAGGGAGGGGCGAAGGCGCCGCUUAGGUCGGCGACUCUUUCCGGGCUACUUCGGGCAUUUCCGGGUCUUUCGAGGAGCCGUCCCAACUUGGAAGUAAGUUCUGAGAAAGACUCGGGAACUUCCGGAGAUCUUCGAGCCCUCACGGAAACUUUCGGCAACUUCCGCCGAGCGCGAGGAAAGCGCCUUCGUUCCACAGCCUGGCGGCCGAGUUCGGCUUCGGGUAUUUCCGGACGAGUUCGCCGAUUUCCGUCGCCCCGCCUUGAGGCUCUUCCUCCUGCCGAAGGCGGAGCGGACGAAAACGCCAAGAGUUUCUUUCGCAGCCAUGGGACAAACCGGGAUCUGAGCCAAAACAGGAUGUCGGAGCCGCUGCCCUUGUCCUACGUGACGGCCCAAGAGAUGCGCUGCCUCCUGCACUGGUUGUCCGGCUGGACUCCUGCCCAACGGGAGCGCUUCCUCCGAGACCUGGUAGACAAGGCCGUCCCUUGGAAGCUGCUUCCCCUGCUUGAGAGCCUGGCCGGGCUCAACGUUGGGCCCGGAAAACCGCCGUCCAUCUACGAGUGCCAGAUGCGCCUCUGGGACCAGUGGUUCCGGGGCUGGUCGGAGGCCGAACGCAACGAGUUUGUCCGGCAGCUGGAGGAGGAGAUGCCGGACCUGGCCGGACGCUUUUACCGAGAAGUAGCUGCCACCGCCGGACAGCUGUGAAGCGCAGGCCGCGACUCUCCCAUCACUUUCUUUUUUUUGUACCGACUUCUCUGGACGUCUUCAGUGUGCUGCCAUUAAACAGAGCCAACGGCCUUCUUGGGCCACCCUGAAUAAUAUGAAUAAAACACUGUGUAGCCAAUGCAAGAGAUUAAAGGCUGGGUUGUGCUGAAAAA